CGGAAACGGCAUCCAAAGGCAGAGUUCAGAGACAGAGUCAAGACAGAGGAACAGAGCAACACCCGAAACUUUGUUAGAGGCAGGCAGCUCGGUUAAUCGACCAUGGACAAGAUCCUGGCUUUCUCCAUCCUCAGCUCGUCGCCGGCAGAGAUUGCUGGGGCCGGGUACGCCACGCGACUGUCCUGGCGGAGCGGCGGAGGGAAGCAGGCGAUGGAGAAGAAGCAGCAGGAGGACAAGGUCGAGCGGAGCCCACGGCCGGAGAGGAAGCCGGAGGCCAGCCCGGCACGGUUUGCGCCGGAGUUCGACGGCCUCAACUGCUUCGAGUACAUAGUAUCCCCUUGAGUGGGUCGCCGGCUGUCUCCCGGGAGAUUUUUUCUUCUUUUUUUUUCACUUCCCCAUCUGCUGCCGUGUGAGGUUUGGUUUCUUUUUGACCAAGAGACUUACCAUAUACACAGCGAGAGAACGUAUGAGCUGAUAAUUACACAGUUGCUUGAUUUA